AGGGCGGUGUGUGUUCACCGGGGACAGUCCUGUUGAACGGAGCCGUUGAACGGACAGACAUUUUCACCCUGAACCGAAACAAACACAGCAAAAUCAAAACAAGAGGAAGAAGAAGAGACAGAGGAGAGGAAACUUACAGAGUACGUCGUGUUUGAAGUUGGAGUUUCACAGUUACCAUGGCGGACGAAGCAGAUAUGCGCAAUGAGCUGUCUGACCUGCAGACACGUGCAGAUCAGAUAGCUGAUGAGUCUCUGGAGAGCACCCGGCGUAUGCUGGCUCUGGUCGAGGAGAGUAAAGAUGCUGGCAUCAGGACUCUGGUCAUGUUGGAUGAGCAGGGAGAACAACUGGAGCGCAUCGAGGAGGGGAUGGACCAAAUCAAUAAGGACAUGAAGGAUGCGGAAAAGAAUUUGAACAAUCUAGGACAGUUCUGUGGUCUAUGUUCAUGUCCCUGUAACAAGAUUAAGGGCGGGGGCCAGGCCUGGGGAGGCAACCAGGAUGGAGUUGUGAACAGUCAGCCAGGGGCUCGAGUGGUGGAUGAGCGUGAACAGAUGGCCAUCAGUGGGGGUUUCAUCCGCAGGGUAACAAAUGACGCCCGAGAGAAUGAGAUGGAUGAGAACCUGGAGCAAGUGGGUGGAAUCAUUGGCAAUCUGCGUCACAUGGCCCUCGACAUGGGUCAGGAGAUCGACACGCAGAACCGCCAGAUCGAUAGGAUCAUGGAGAAGGCUGAUUCCAACAAGACCAGGAUUGAUGAGGCUAACCAGCGUGCUACAAAGAUGUUGGGCAGUGGCUAAACUACAACAAAAAGUGCUUUCAUCCCUAUUUAACCCCAAUCACACACAAAAAAGCAACACCAACCAAACCAAAUCCAACCCAGCCCCCAACACCCACGCCCAGUGCCCACUUCCUUUGCUCAGCAGCAGACGUGGCAAAAUCAUGCUUUUAUUGUGAUACUUGUAGAGUUUUGCACACAUGCACAUAUCAUACAUUUCCUCUGCUCCCCAUUCCGACCUAUUACCUCCCUCUUCCUCUCCUUGUUGUCAAUGUUGUUCUGUGUUUUUGCUCUUCUGAUUUUGGUAAAAAAUUAAUUGUUCAGUUACAUAACAUCCCAUUCAAAGUCUCCUCACUGUAUAUAGUGCUUCUAUAAUGGCUUUAUUCAUCUAGAUCGCUUCUCCUUUUUCUUCAUCUCUCUUUUUUUUUUUAAGUCUGUGUGUAAUAUAAACUGUAUGUACACCUUGUUCCAAGAAGUCCUUUCCCAAUGUCAGUAUUCUAGUGUUGUCCAUGUGAGACACACUGUGUGACCAUCAGAUAAGAUGUUGUGAUGCUACAUGAUACAGUGAUUUGCCAUGAAUAUAGUUAUAUACAUUCAGCCGUCACAGCUUAAAUCCAAGGCCACUGUUUAAAUACUGUGUCAUUUAGUGUAGAUGUGGAGCUGCUUGAAUUAACAAAUACACAGUAGACACUCUUUCAAGUAUUUGUUAGUGUAUGAGCCAUUUGGAUGAAAAUGCAGCUUUCUAACGACUUUAUUGAUAGAAUAGUGUUAUUGAAAUAUGAGGUUACAGAUUGUACAUUAUAUACUUUUUCCUCAGGGAGUGAAAUCAGACCAUUCGAAAGCAAAGAUUGCAUACUAAAUUGAUGUGUUGUAUUUCAUAGAAACUGAUCAAAAGGCUCAGUGUAAAUGCAAAAUCAGCAUUUGUAUGUGGUCUCAAUAGCAUUGUCUAUGGGAUAUUUGCCAUCAGAUAGAACAUCGGGCAUUACCAUAAAAGUUAACACUGAUGACAAAAGGAGGUGGAGAUUUAUAACAAAAUCAUUGUCAUACACAGUGGCAGAGAGCGUAAACAGCCUCAUCACAUGCCAGACAGAUUUACCUGCAUUUCAAGCCUAGCAAUAUUGCGCUUCAAGUGUGUUAUGCAUGUCCAUCCACUGCUAGAAACACUAAAUAAUUCAUUUAUCUAGGCAAAAAUAUCUUAACAUGGCAAGCGCAUGCUACGUAUGUAGGCCACAAAGAGGAGAGGCCCAUAUUAACUCCCCCUCUGCAAUAGUGCCACUCUCUUUGUUUCAUCUCUAUCAAACUUUCCAAACUGUGACCAUCACUGUAAAAUAAUACCUUGGAAAAUGCCAAUAAAACCAUCAUAACUGUAGAACAAAACUGA